CGCUAGGCGGAGCCCCGCGCAGACGCGACGGCGCUGAGGCGCGAGGAGGCAGCGGCGCCUGCUGGCUCCCUCCCUGCUGGCAGGCCGCUCACGUGAGCCGGAGCGCAGCUGUUACCUGGGAGGAGAGGCCGCCGCCUGCUCGCCCUCACGCAGACGGAGCUGCAGGCGGAGGGAAGCCCGAAGGGAGCAAGCAAGCAAGCGGCAAGGAUGGCUCUGGCACCUCCCAGUUACUGUUUUGUUGCGUUCCCACCACACACUAAAGAUGGCCUUGUAGUCAUUGGGAAAAAUUCUGCACGGCCCAGGGACGAGGUACAGGAAAUAGUUUAUUUUGCCGCUGCUACUCAUGAUCCAGGAUGCAAAGUUGAGUGCACAUACAUUGAGAUUGACCAGGUGCCCAAGACCAACGCUGUCGCACUGAGCAGACCUUCCUGGCUUUGGGGGGCAGAAAUGGGGGCAAAUGAACAUGGAGUCUUCAUUACCAAUGAAGCCAUUAUCACCAAAGAACCAGCCUCAGAAACUGAAGCUCUCCUAGGAAUGGAUCUUGUCAGGCUUGGUCUAGAAAGGGGUGGAACAGCUAAAGAAGCCUUGGAUGUCAUUGUCUCUCUGUUGGAAGAGCAUGGCCAAGGAGGCAAUUAUUACGAAGAUGGGAGUGUAUGCCAUGCUUUCCAGACUGCGUAUCUGAUAGUGGACAGAAAAGAAGCUUGGGUCUUGGAGACUGUUGGGAAACACUGGGCAGCAGAGAACAUUACAGGGGGAGUCAAGUGCAUUUGCAACCAGCUUUCCUUAACUACAAAGAUCGAUGCAGAGCACCCUGAGCUUAGAAGUUACGCGGAAAGUCAAGGGUGGUGGACUGCAGAUACAGAGUUCAACUUUUCUCAAGUAUUUUCUCAGGCUGAUAACCAUUCAGAUUGUUGUUUGGCAAAGGAGAGCCUAGAGAAGCAAGAAGGCGCUGUCACUGUGGAAAUGAUGAUUGACAUCUUGCGGGAUAAGUCUGGUGGUAUAUGUGUGGAUUCAGAGUCUUUUCUUACUACAUCAAGCAUGGUGUCCGUAUUACCUCAGAAUCUUAGUUCCCCGUGCAUCCAUUAUUUUACCGGCACACCAGAUCCAUCAAGGUCCAUAUUUAAACCUUUUAUCUUCGUCGAUAAUGUGAAAUUAGUAUCAAAAGUACAGUCACCCGUUUUGGGUAGUGAUGAUCCUGUGAAAAAAAUCCCCCGGUUCCAGGAGAACCCAGACCGUAGACACGAAUUGUACAAAGUGCACGAGUGGGCGCGAUCCGUCAUGGAGAAUGAGCAGGAAAAAGGAGAGAAGUUGAGAAGAACCAUGUUAGACCUCGAAAAGCAAGGCUUGGAUGCAAUGGAGAGCAUCAUUACCAGCUCGGAAGUUCUUGAUCCUUCUGAAGUAGAGGACCUUUUCUAUGACUGUGUUGAUACAGAAAUUAAGUUCUUCAAGUGAAUGACCAUAGACACCUUUAGCCUUCACAUAAGAAGACCAUAAAGCUCUUCAGGCCUUGAAAGAUAUUCUCGCCAUAUUGCCGAAUUUUUGGAGGAAAUUUCCCUCUUUUUAGAGAAAAGUUCCUUAGUAGCUGUAUCCAAUUAACACAUUCCUUUCCCCCCUUUUAUUUUCCUCCUGUGUUGUCCUGUGUGUGUGUUAUGGAAAGAGGGCCUUCACUGACGGUGUGCAUGCUGGCUGGUGUAAUGCAGAAUGUUUUUUCAUUCAUCUGGGCAACUGAAACUAAGAACGACAAAUAGCCAGAAUCCAUGUAGGUCUCAAUAUUGCAAAUCAAAAUAAGCCUGCAAAGUUUUGCCUGGAAAGUUUGAUCCACAAGUAAAAGGAAAAAAUACAGCAGGUACAUGUGUGCUCCUAAAGAGUUUUGCCACAAAGAAAUGAGUUGAAAAAUGGGCCUUGUUAAUGGUAUAAAUGUCAACAGUGGAAUAAGCUUCUCGCUUGUUCUAGUUCUGGCGAUUUGGAGUCGGGUCUAUGGAGCUGUGUGCUGCCUCACCUAUGCACAUAUUGGGCUAGUAGCUUUUCCUCCCUUUUUUUUGCUUCUCUCACCUAUCGUUCCAUAUUGCUGCAUAUCAGGCUGCGAAGAUUACAUUUAAAUAAUCAAUUUCUCCCCAAAAUAGAGUUCUGAACAGUGUGAAUUGACCUAAGCAUUUAGAGAGAGAGAGAAGCAAGCUUACAACUGAAGGUAAGAUCAAGAACCUUAAUUUGGUUGUGGGAACUGUACCAUAGCUGCUUAGGAAAGGCAAUUGUUCCAGUGAAAAGACCAGAAUUUGUUCAGAUUAUUUGCUUCCACCAAGGAUGGGGAACUUACGGCUCUCCAUAUGUAGUUGGAAACACAAUUCUGAUCAUUCUUGCCUGCUGGUCAUGCUGGCUGGGACUGAUGGUAGGCAGUAGAUUUCAUUGUUCCUUUGUGCUGUCUUUGGGACUUAGUCGAAAAAUGUACAGAGGCGUACCUAGGGGGUGGUGAAACUGGCCCCUGCCAGGGGCACAGGACCGGGGAGGUGGGGACAUGCAAAAAUCAGUGCGGGAGAGGAAGGGAUGCUAGGCCCCUUUUGGAUGUUGCAGCACCCAGCAAGAGAGAGCGCUUUCAGAAUAUCGAGUCUACCCUCCUGGCAGGCUGGAAGCACCAGUGCUCUCUUCCUUCCCUCUCUGUCAAAGUUAGCGAGUCGGGAAAGGCUGCAGUGGCAAUGAGCUUGAGCAACAGUCACUCCCUCUAGUUUGCAAGCAUCUUGGGAAGAGCCAGAGGCAGGGAGGCUGGACAUGCCAACUCUGGGGAAGGGUGCAGUCACUCACAGCCUGGCACACUUGCUAGAAGCACAGGGCCAGGCAGACGAGAGAGCAGGUGCGUUUGCAGAAGCCCAGAGAGGGUGCUGGUGCUGUCCAGGAUGGGAGUUCUGAAGGCUGCCCUGCUGCCCAUGAGGUUCCUCUCCAAACUAGGAGGAGGAGCAUCCAGGCAACUUGGCUCCAGCUUCUCUUUCCUGCCAGGAGGAGCAACUCCUUGUGCAAGCCCUCCAUUUCCCACCCUUGCCCAAACUCACCCUGCCAGUUCCUCACUCAGAUAAGAUGGUCCUCCUCCCCCCCUUGGUGUUUGUUAGAUGAUCAUUUAAAUCACCAAUUACAGCAACUGUUUUCUGUUCAAUUACAUUUCAUAGGCAAUGCAAAAUAGAUCACUGUACAUCUAUUUAUAGUUAAAAAGCUAAUUGUGAGGUCUUAUACAUUUUCCUGAUGAGCUCUGAGGCUGUAGCCCUGUGCACACUUUUGCAUGAGUAAAGGCCAUGCUAAGGCUGGGCAAUAUCUGGCUUUCAACAUUGUGAUGUAUCACCAGCUAAAUAUCACAAUAUACCGAUACAUCUCAAUGUCUGAAGUAUAUGGAGCUAUGUAGAGGCAUUGGCUGGCUUCAUGGUUUCCCCCCACAGUGUGAUUUUGGCAUAGCGUGCACACACAUCAUGAUUUGUGAUAUAUUGCCUAGUCAAAAAUUAUGAAACAGAUAUCAUGAUAUGGACUUCAAGCCUGCUUCAGCCAAUAUAUUGCCCAGCCCUACGCCAUACCUGUUGAAAUGUUCUCUCUUAACACAACUAUUUAAAGGUUCAGGAGUCCUCAGUGAUGCCAAUCAGGAUAGGGCUUUGGGGGCAAAGAUACCAGGGACCCACUCAGCAGGGUGUUCUGGAGGGCCCCCAAAUGUAGCAGGGUUGGCUUACAAGAAGGGGCGCCAACCUAAGGACCACGGUGGUUGUUUAACAGGCCACCGAACCGUCUGCUUGGCACAGGCACAGUGCAGCAUGGGGACUCACUUCUGUGGCGCAGGAAAUUGCGAGUGGGCGCGCUCACACUCGCGAUCCAGCCCACAGGGGGAUCUCCGCUGGAGUGAACCGGCCCAGGUGAGGUAAUCCUUGCCAACCUCUAGCUUACAACAUUUUGAGGCAAUAUGCAGGCCAAUAUAGCUCCUUGCCAAGCGAUCCUAAGUACGCCUCUGAUCCCAUAAUUGUAGCAAAACAAAACUAAUGUACAAUGUGAAGUCUCUUUUCCUUACAUGGGGAAUCUAAAUUAUUGGCAUCGUGAAAUUGUGUGAAAUGGCUGAGGAUAUCUUCCCUGAUUGUUAUGUUCAUGUUGAAUCUGUCUUCCUUUGUGUGGUUUGCUUUGUUGUCGGUGUUGUGUAGAUUAACAUCAGACAUGGUUAAAGUGGAAAUCAUACACCUGUAAGUAUCAAGCAAACAUGAUUAAAUUCUAGAAACUAUGGUGCUAGUCCUGUAGAUUAAAAUGUCAGGGCUCUGAUUCUGCACAGGAAAAUUUCCUACUACUGUGAGCUGUGUGUGUUCACAACCCUUGAGAAGGGAAAACUCAGACAUAAUCCAUUGUUGAACAACACACAGAUCUUGAACUUUCAGUGUAAGUGUAGUUUCUGCAAGAAUCUGGCGACUGAGGAGGAGACAGAAGUAAGUGCCAGAGUUGUGGGAUGGCUCUUCUCUUUGGUCUUCCUUUCAGAAACUAGCUUGAGACUCAGCCUAUUUACCUCCUCCUCGGUUGCUCUGUUGCAUCUUUGUGGAGCCCACAUAAAUCCCUCAUUGAUCAAAUACUACGUCAGAAGUGCAUGUGCACGCAGAGUUUCUAAAUCAAAUGCCUAAAAUAUAAAGUAAGUUGUCAUGUUACUGCUUAUUUCAUUCCACAGAAGAGGCAUCAAAAGGCAGUUGGAAAUUAUAGGGCUUGGUGAAUCUUAGACAGGCUCGAAGGCAAUAAAAGUGUGUUUGGUUUCUGUAGUUUCCUCUAUAGCAGAUGCAGGGAACCUUUGGCCCACCAGCUGUUGCUGAACUACAACUCCCAUCAUCCCUGCACAUUAGCCAUGCUUGCUAGGGACAAUGGGAGUUGGAGUGCAGCUGGAGGGCCAUAUGUUCUUCACUCCUGCAUUACAUGUUAACCAAAGGCUUGGGGUACGUUGAGAAAAAAUGGCCCUGCUGCCUCACCCAAGAUAUGUUGGCAUGAACAGCAUCCAAUUGAGUCAGAAUCUGUAAAUCUUUGUUUACAUAUUUCUCGUGGGAACUAAUAUGUAUGGGUUUGCAAUCAUCUGGGAUUCGUGUAUUAGACAAUGCUGAUUGACAAAACUAAUAAAAUGGUUUCUGCAAAGAGUAA